AUUAAUACUACAGUACUGUAUAUAUAGUGUAGAGUUUGCGCACAAAUGACUGACUCAUUGUUAACGUUGUCUUUGUUUGUAAUAUUCACUGACUAUUCAGCCAUUUGUUAGACUAUUGAUUGCUUCUUAAGGACCAAAUAUUGGUGACAAUAACCGUAUAAAAUGGCAAAUUUAUCGCCGUUUGUCACUUCACAGUACAGUCAUCCGGGUUUUAAUCCAACAAAAUUGGGACAAAGAGCUCAACAGAUGAUGAGUGAACAUCGACUGCCAAAAGCACCGAAACCGCCGGACAGACCAUUGAUGCCAUACAUGCGCUACAGUCGAAAGGUAUGGGAUGUGGUAAAGGCCCAGAACCCCGACCUAAAGCUGUGGGAAAUCGGCAAAAUCAUAGGUCAGAUGUGGCGCGACUUAGCCGACGAUGAGAAGCAACAGUACAUUCAGGCCUUUGAAGCAGAAAAGGUUGAAUAUAACGAAACUCUUAAGUCAUACCAUAACUCACCCGCAUAUCAGUCGUGGAUCUCAGCAAAAGCCAAAGCACAACGUGUUCUCGAAGACCACAACAAAGGGUCGGCUCAUGACAGACAUGACAGACACACAACCAAUUUGUUGGGCUUUCCUUCACCACAAAAGCAAAGUGAAGGAAAAGUUAGUAUUCAAUCGGCUGAAGAUGAAGACGAUGGCGACGAGUUCUCUGUCAAACACUUAGCUGCCGCCAGAUAUCAACGAAAUCAUCGAUUAAUUAAUGAAAUAUUUAGUGAUUCUGUUGUACCCGAUGUCAGAUCUGUUGUAACUAACGCUCGAAUGCAAGUUCUUAAACGACAAGUGCAGUCAUUAACAAUGCAUCAGAAGAAGUUAGAGGCAGAACUUCAACAAAUCGAAGAAAAAUUUGUUCUAAAAAAAAGAAAAUUUAUUGAAGCGAGUGAUCAGUUUAAAGAAGAUAUGAGAAAAAAGUGCGCCAUUAAACCCGUCGAUACAAAUACUUUCAAAAAAAUGGUAGACAAAGCAUUGGAUCAAAUGAAGAAAGAACAUCAAUUGAAAGAAGAACAGAUGAGUAAAGUUGUUGAUAAAGUUGACAAACCUGGAGCUGACGGUCAAGAAAAUGAACCACCAAUUGAGCCAAUUAUUGAUAAUCAACGAGAAAAAGAGGUCAACAGUAAUGACACGGUUUUAUCUGAUGGCUUAACCGAAUCAAAAGAUAUAUCAAAUACUAAUACAGAAAAUUUAGUUGAAAAUAAUGAUGUCAUAAAUGAUAGCAUUAUAGAAAAUACUUCCAAUGAUAGCCAACAAACUGAUAUCACGAUAAAUAUGGAAACAAAUGUCGAUCAACCGGUCGAAGAGUCCAAUCCUAUUACCACAGAAGAAAUGGAAACCAUUGAACAGAUUAAAGAUGAAACUAAUUCUGUAGUUAACAAUCAAACAAUUGAUAAUAAAAACAAUAAUUUGAUUGAAACAAAUGAUACUAUUGCUAAUAAUGAAGUACAGGGAACGGGAGUCUAAAUAAAUAAAUAUAGUGUUUUUUAUUGAUUGAUUGAUUGAAAUCUAUGUAAAUAUUAUUAAUUUAUUUUGUCUUUUAUAUAACUCAA